UCACAGAUAUGACAGUUGACGGAAAACAGACGGCGAAUACGACAAACUGAGACGAGUCUAAUAAAAACAUAAGUAAAAUAAUGUAGGCGUAUAUUGUUGAUGUGUCUAACUUAGCUUAAGUGAUUUGAUCAAAGAGAUAAACAACUACUCUGGUGCAAUACAUUUGUGUUAGUGGUCCACCAUGACUGGAGAGACGGUUCAAAAUAUCACCAAAACAUUCAAAUAUUCAUUCCCGACAUGUACCAACGAAGAAAUAUUCUUCAACCUGGAGGUACCAGUGGACAUUCCUCACGGCGGCUCCACGAGGGAGCUGGUGCAGAGAGUUAUCAACAUGUUCCAUAUACCCGUGUAUUUGGAAGAAGAACUGAAUGAGAAAUUAGCACAGUUUGUGGCAGAAGAAACUAAAAAUUUCCACAAUGAGAGAGAUAAGAAACUGCUGAACCAACUAAAGAACAGUGAAAUCAAUGUAGAAGGCAUUAUCAAGAACUGGGAGAAGUUGUUCAAAGACAAUGUGAUGGAGUUUGCAGAACAGAAGGGCACGUCUGAUGAGGAGGUGUUUGCAGCGGCAUACCACAAGCUGGUGCAUUCUCCCGCUCUGGAAACUAUCCUGCAAGUAGAGAACUCUUAUGCUAAGACUGUGAUGAACACACUCAAGAGCAGAGAUGAAGAUAUUGAGAAACUCACUCAGAAACAGACUGAAGAAAUGGAGGAGAAAGUUCGUAUGCUAAACAUCUCGAGCACAGAGGAGGAGAUCAAUGAGCUAGCAGCUCAGCAGUUUGAGCAACAAGCUCUGGUGGCCGGACGCUGGGGCUCACAGCUCGACGCGCUGCGACAGACACAACGCGCGCAGCAUCGCGCCUGGCUCAUGGACACGCUGCAGGAGUACCAGAGCACCUCUGCACUCAACACUCCAAGUAACUCUCCACUUGCGACAUUCUCCCCUGAGAGCGUGUCGCUGCCGGCGCCGGUGGCGGCGGGCGGCGCGCGGCUGGAGGAGAGCUUCACCAUCCACCUCGGCAGCCAGCUCAAGCAGACACACAACAUACGCAUCGUCGCCAUGGAUCUGCUCGACCUCUGCGCCGUCGAACAAGUUGACAAUCCGGCGGAGUCGUCCCGGCGCCUGCAGACGGCGCUGUCGCUGUACUCGGGCGAGCUGGCGGGCUGCGUGGUGCUGUGCUCGUCCCCGCCGCGGCGGCCCGCGCCGCCCACCACGCGCCUGCUGGCCGCCGCCGACCUCAGCACCGAGCACCACUUCCCCAGCAUGGACGCGCAGCUCAGGGACAUCAGCGAACGACUGCUGGAACCGGUGGAGCGCCGUAACUCUCAGCGGGUACAAGCAGACAGCGCGGGGCCGCGCAGCCGCAGUCGCCGCGACCUGCAGACUGGAGACAUCUUCAUCACGAAGCACAGCAACCUCGCAGAAGUGCACGUCGUCUUCCAUCUCAUGGUGGACGAUUCUUCACUCCGAUCCGGUGACAUAACGUCCCGCCACCCGGCCAUCCUGGGCCUGCGCAACAUACUGAAGGCGGCGUGCAGUAACGACAUCACCAGCCUCGCCAUCCCGCUACUACUGCGGCACGAGAUGUCAGAGGAGAUGACGGCGGCGUGGUGCGUGCGGCGCGCGGAGUUGGUGCUGAAGUGCGUGAAGGGGUUCAUGCUGGAGGCGGCGGGCUGGGGCGGCGCCGAGCUGCGCACGCUCACGGCGGCGCUGCCGGCCACCAUCGCGCCCUCAUUGUUCGCGCCGCUGGCCGCGCUCACGCCCAACAUAUUCCGCGUCUCCAACCCCGUCAAGUUCAAGGCGCCCAAUAAAACAGACUCAUCGUAAUUCAUUCCUUUAUUUACUAUUCGAUGUAACAAUAUUUUUAAAUAAAAUAUCGAUUCCUAUUCUCAAAGUUCCGAGUGCAAUAUAAAAUUAAUAAUAUCGUUUACAAUAUAAGUUACUUUGCUCCCGGUAUAUUACUUUAGUUACAUUAUUACCAUGUUUUAACGACUCGUAAGUCUUCAAAUCGUUUUAGUGCUUCGAAAAAAAAGAACAAAAUAACUAGGUGGGCAAUGGGUGAAAUCAAAAUAUGUAGUCUAAUUUUAUGCUUAUAAAGUUCAAGAUAUAAAACUUGACGAAAUAUCGUAAACCAAGAACUCUCUUGACGUGGUGAUAGGUUGCCAGCUUGUCGACAUUGUCCAAACACUAAUAAAGCUGUUACUUCAGUAAAAUAUCAAUGAAUUAGGAAUGACUGAAUUAUAUAACUUGUUAUAAUAAAUAUAUCUUUAUAUCCGAAA